UAGAAAAGAUGAAGCUGUUCGUAUUUUUGGCUCUGGCCGUGGCCGCAGCCACAGCCAUCCCUGCUCCCGAGCAGAAGGAUCAGAAGCUGACCCCUGUGCCUGUGAAGGACGCCAAGAUCCAAGGGCGCAUUACCAACGGCUACCCAGCCUACGAGGGCAAGGUGCCCUACAUCGUGGGUCUGCUGUUCAGCGGCAACGGAAACUGGUGGUGCGGUGGCUCGAUCAUCGGCAACUCCUGGGUUCUGACCGCCGCCCACUGCACCAACGGAGCCAGUGGAGUGACCAUCAACUACGGAGCCAGCAUCCGCAACCAGCCCCAGUACACCCACUGGGUGGGCAGUGGCGACAUCAUCCAGCACCACCACUACAACAGCGGCAACCUGCACAACGACAUCUCCCUGAUCCGCACUCCCCACGUGGACUUCUGGCACCUGGUCAACAAGGUGGAGCUGCCCAGCAUGAACGACAGGUACCAGGACUACGCCGGAUGGUGGGCCGUGGCCUCCGGAUGGGGCGGCACCUACGACGGAAGCCCACUCCCCGACUGGCUCCAGGCCGUCGAUGUCCAGAUCAUGUCCCAGGGCGACUGCAGCCGCUGGUGGUCCCUUCACGAGAACAUGAUCUGCAUCAACACCGACGGGGGCAAGUCCACCUGCGGAGGCGACUCCGGUGGUCCCCUGGUCACACACGAGGGCAACCGCCUGGUCGGAGUGACCUCCUACGUCUCUGGAGCUGGCUGCCAGGCUGGCCACCCCGCCGUCUUCAGCCGCGUCACCGGAUACCUCGACUGGAUCCGAGACAACACCGGCAUCUCCUACUAAGAGUUCAGUGUUUUCCACGUUUUGGUGGUUAUUUUCAAUAAAAGUUUAAAAUACAUAAAACUCCUUUUUUUCUAAACACACAUAUGUAUAUUUGAACAAACUCUGUCUGAGCGAAUGGUGCAAUUAUUAUAUUGUUAUUAUAUAUGACCUUAACAGAUGGUGAAAUAAUCUACAUUAAAUCAACAAUAAUAGUAUUUGAAAA